AUGUCACGCAUCGGGGCACCGGCGAGUAGCCGUAACUUGAGCCUGACUGAGGAGCUCGAAAGACUGGAACAAUCCAUUACUCUGACAUUACAAGGCACGUCGAUUUUGCGCAAGGCGCAUCGCAUCGUGACAUCGAGCAUCCUACCCGUUGUCGACCAAUACGCUCAACACUCUCGCGAUGUCUGGGAGGGCUCCCGUUUCUGGAAGCAGUUCUUCGAGGCAUCCGCCAAUGUCUCCCUGUCCGGUUACCAGGAGGGCGCCCUAGAAGACGACCUGAGCCACAAUGACACGACCGCUCAAGAAGAAUCCUACGACGAACCCUCUGCCGACGACCUUGCCGAGAGGACCAUGACACCUACCGCCCACGACUACCCUCACCAUCACGACGAUGAGACGUCCAUCAUCGAUUCCCCCUCCAACACGACCGGUGUCCACACCACACCACAGAUCAAGACCAAACAGAAACACUUCGCUUCUCCCUCGCCCGACAAGCCGUCGUCAGAUCAGAUCAGCACACCCGUGCGCGACACAUUGACCUUCCAGUCGUCGUCUCCAUUCGAGCCUCCGUCAGCCUAUCAACCCUCAACCGCCCAGCGUCAACAGAACCCCGAUCCUCUCAUGCACCGUAUCAUGGACCGCAACUUCCGCAUCCAAGCCACACCCCACACUGCCCGUAAACAGAUGCGUCCCGUAACUACCGACACUCCUGCAACCGCUCAACAGAAUCAGACACAAACACGUACUCGCAACCUGUUUGCUGACAGCAGUCCUAUGAGCAGUCCUGAGAUGGCUGCCCCUCAACUCCGCUCUGACCUGUUUUCUCCUCAAAAGUCUCCGAGAAAGACUCUCCAUACCCCACACACCCCUGGCAUCUCCGUUCAGACCCCUGGACGUGAUCUCAUGACGAGCACCGGCCGCGCCCUGUUCACCGACACCAAGGACAGAACCACACGUACCCUCUGGGACCAAGAAUCUGAUAGCGACGAUGACUUUAGUAUCAGUCCUCCUAAGACUAUGCAGUUUCAUAUCCCCCAGUCUCGUCUUAUGCAGACUCCAGCUCGAGAGGCCAGCAGGAUCAUUGUCGAUGAUCUCUUGGCCACCGCUGGUGCCGACCGUACUGAAUCUAUCGAGGGUGAUAGUGUCCCCGAGAUCAGCCCCAGUCUAGUCAGGCGGAAAUGGGAUGACGACGACACUUUCUGA